ACGAGCAGAGCCAUUUCAAUGGCUCAUUUAUCAACCGGAGAAGUGGCGGCGCCGAUUUUAGGUAUUACAGUCCCAGAGACAAAAAUGGUGGGAAUCGAUGAUGUGUACGCUGCCGGAGUACGCAGCGGCGAGCUGGCUCAGGACCCUCUGGCUCUCGCGCGCUUUGUUGCCUCCCGUGUGGUUGCCUUUGGCCAACAUUUUCUUCUCAUCGACAAGCCGUCCAACUUCUCUGUAUGGGGGCAUGCUCGUUCCGCCUCACCUAAUUUCACAGGCUCUGAAACGUCACGAACAGCUCCUCUGAGUCUUCGUGAAUGCUUACCACACCUUAAAUCGCUGUUGGCUGAGGAGGGUACAAAGGCAUUCACCCUACCUUCAGUGGACGGUAAUUGUAACCAAGAUGACAAACCGCUGUCCGCUCUGAUAGCGGAAAAGGUGCCGCGCAGCUUAUCUGAGGCGUGGAUACCACCAUCAGAUCUCUUUAUUGUUGAACCUCUUCCCGCUACCUACUCUGGUAUUAUUCUUCUUGCCACCUCGCCUGCUUACGCUGAAUUUGCUCGUGCAUUUUACUUCAACGCUGCUCGGAACUGUUUCCCGGGUUCUAUGUAUCAAACCUUUUACGUGGUCUCAUGGGGUCAGCCGUCGCGAGAACAUGUGGCGUAUGAACGAUUCCCUCUGGCUGUUCAUAAGGCCUCUGAUUCGAUUUCAGUCGCUUAUAGACCCACUGACGACAAGAUAACUGGAACUGCACACAAGAGGGGCAGAUUAAUGUACAAAUACGUGAGUCAUCGUCUCAUCUGUCGUGGCUCAGGAAAACAUUUUGGAUGCCUGAUUGAGCUUACGUGCAAUAGCUGUUAUGCUGGUUUGCCCGAGGUCUACCUCCUCCACGAGGGCUGUGAAGUGGUGGGUGAGGAUCUGCAGGCGUCGAGAUUAGUGCAUUCCUCGGGCAUUCCUAUGGUUCUGUCACCCACGAUGGCCCGGCUUGGGGCUCCACUGCCAAAGGAACUAGUGAAAGCCUUGGGCAGGAAAGACCUCCAACGAGCCACUCUACCAACCCACAUACAUCGCAGCGAACUUCUCAUCCCUCCUCCCCUUCUUUGUGGCCCUAAGGGGGACGCUUUUACGCGAAGAGCUAAAGAACCUAUGGGGUGUAUUAUCAGCACACGAAAAGACAAACCAGUUUUAUCGUGGAAGUCUUUUCCUGUUAAUGCGAAAAAAAGUGUCUUUUUCCUAUCGGCUGUGUUGCCUUCCCUGCCUUCCUAUUUCAUUCGGACCUUGGAGGAACUUGGCCUUGAUUCAACGUAUCCGUUUACAGUAGUCGAAAAUGUUCCUUCUCACUGA